GGUUUAAAAAUGUUUUAACAUAUAGGUAAGUCGCAAGUGGCGUGGGAACAGCGGAUAUUGUAUUCAUGUUUAGAUUUUGCUCGAAAUUUCGGAAUUAUUUCAAGGUCUAAAUCGAAGAGACCUUUCACGAUAUGGCAAUUGUUUGGCGGCUCUUUGCUACGUUACGACCCGCCCUAGGCCCCUAGGGCGAAACGAAAUGAGGCAAAAGGUAUAGUUACGGUUGGCAAACUGUUCGUCGCUCUCUUGAAGGUCGUCCAGAACCGAUCAUUGGAUCGAUUAGUAGAGAAGGCUGUAGCUAUUUCAUUGGAACUUACCGCACGUAAGAAUCUGGGGGUCAAGAAAAUGACGGUGAAUCUGUUCAAUGGCGCGAAGUAUGCUGGGUCUUGUCGGUAAAGCACGUUCCAACCACGUGCUCGCCCUCUACGUAUUCGCAUUACUCAUGAUACAUCCACUAGCCAUAUCACUCGACCUUACGAAAAUGAAAAGGAGAAGAAUACCACAGAAGCACGACUUCCCCUCCGAGUCAUCACGGCCAGAUAUUUCCAGAAACACGAACCUGGUCGUGACUGCUCGCUCUCAACUUUACCAAGCUUUACGUGAAACAGCAGGCGACUUAACGAGGCCUCAAAACAUGCGUGACCAGUUUAUGCCCUACGAGGUCAAAGGCGAAACGAUUUUUGCCGGUCUUUUAAAAGUUCUAAGCGCACAGAAGCCGAGGACUCGCAGGAAUGCAGGGCUGGAUCAGAGCCAUUCUAUCUGCCUGCAAGCUAAGCGAGACAUGUCCGCAUUAAGGAUUAUAUUAUUACGUAACUCCAAUCCGUUGGAUAUGCUAGGAUCUUUAACAAUGUGUGAAAAUAUCCUGGAUAGAACAAAACAUGGCAGCAUCGCAAGAACCCAACCACAACUUACUGUUGAUUCCAUGGCAAUGUUCUUGGAAGCGGUUGAUCAACGGAUCAAAGAAUACACGAGGCGUAAUCGCCAUUUAUUUUCUUCACGAAGAAUUCGUCCUUUAGUUUUAAAACUUCGUUCGUUUAAGAGAAAUCUGUCUUCACUCCUCGAGCUGCAGAUUCCUCCGUAUACAAGAAACUCGGCUCAUUACGCAAACCUUCAUACCUCUGGUAAUAUCCAGAGUAUAUCCAUACACUUGGUUGGUUUAAUGUCAAACUUGAGGCCUGCAUUGAAUGAGAUUUGCAAUACGUAGAACACCACCAAACAAUGGCAACUGUCAAACAAGGAGGCUGCGAUUCUAGGAAAGAAAACUUAUUUAUUACCUGCACGUAUUCAUUACCACUGUGAGAAGCUCUGAUAACAAAUCCUACUUACGUGAAGCAUUGCGGUAUAAAUGGUGACGAUUCUUCAAAAGAAUUUCGCUUGGAUUGUUUUCGUUGUUGGACAGAAGUAUCGGUGUUGAUUGGGUGGCAUUGUCGUCUUUUGUUUCCUCGAAAACUCGGCCCUUUUCUCCAUAUUAAUUACAUGUGCAUUAUUGCUGCUUAACAAGAAUUAGUGAAAAACAUCACCAAUAAGUCAACAGU